GAAGCACAUGUCCUUGAAGCGCCUCCUCUACCUGUGUCACCUCAGAUAUUCAGACAGGAGUCUUCAGCAGAAGCAGGCUGCAAGGUUACAAAGAAGACAGAAGGGACAGCCAAAGCAGUGGCAAGGAUUGUGGAUGAGAAGAAGCGCUCCAAAAUCAAGUGGCAUGGUUAUCAGGUCUCAGAGACUUGUUUGGGAUUGA